AAAUUAGCAGCCCUUCCUCUGCUAUUCAAAAUUUCUUAACAAACUGGACUUGGCAAGUGGAUAAUUGGGUCCCUAAAAAAGCAAAAAAACAAUCAUCCCUCUACCUAUAUAUAUCCACAAUCACUCUUCAACUUCCUUGCAGUAAGCAAAAGCAGUAAUGGAGAACAAAGCAAACAUGGUGGCAUCCCUUAUGUCAGUAAAACAAAAAUCUGGCAAGACAUUUGGUCAAAUAGCUGAAGAAACUGGUCUCACAAAUGUCUAUGUUGCUCAGCUUUUGAGACGUCAAGCUCAGCUCAAACCUGAAACUGCACCAAAGCUGAAAGCUUCACUUCCCCACCUAUCUGAUCAACAACUUCAUGAAAUGAUGGAGGCACCUUUAAGGUCUUAUGACCCGAACUUGAUUCAAGACCCGACUGUUUACAGAUUGAAUGAGGCUGUCAUGCACUUUGGUGAGAGUAUCAAGGAAAUUAUUAACGAAGAAUUUGGUGAUGGCAUCAUGUCAGCUAUAGACUUUUUCUGCUCAGUUGAUAAAGUCAAAGGUGCAGAUGGGAAGGAUCGGGUUGUCUUGACUUUUGAUGGAAAGUAUCUACCACACACUGAGCAGAAAACUGAGCAUAUGGUAUCAAGGUUAAUGCGAAAGGAUUAAGCAUAGUUACUAUAAGCUGUUCUGUUGCAAACUGUUCACCAAUAAUUACUGAUUAUGUACCUGUUCUAAACUCUUUUUCUUUUUUCACUCAUCUAUGUUCUCGGCCUGGUUGAAUAAUACUCACUCGUUAAUCUAGUUUCAAAUGUCAAAUCCCAAGUAUGGUAUUUAUAUAUGUAUGUUUUGAGUUGCCAAGAUUUGAUAAUGUAUAUGCAUGUUCAUGAGUUGCCAAGAAUAUUAUGUGCAACAGGUAUAUGUGUUUGAUUGUAGUA